GGUAUUUCGAAGGAGCGGCCAGGUUUUUUUUUCACUACUUUAUUUACUUGCUUAAAUCAUCUUUGUUGUUCUGGUUUCUUCCACAGCGCUCCCAAUAGCAACUCUCGACAAUGUCGCCUGACCUAUGUUAACUACGGUGCCCGCGGGUCACCCUCCCUUAUCUUAAAAAAAUAACGGACGAAAUGGACCCCCUGCAAGAGCGCGGUACUCUGCCGUUGGUUCGACCGCGGCUGCCGAGGCUGCAAGUUCAGCUGGGAAAGCGCCGUUUCAAGUGCUUACUAUGGCCAGACCGUUGAUCUGGCGGUCUGGCACGGAACUGAAGCCGGCGGGGAUGUCGAAGUCUUGAUUAUAAGGGACACCCACCCUUCUUAUUCUUAUCUGUAGGACCGAACCUAACUGCAGCCGGUACAGCUUGGCCUUUUGGUUCAAGAAAGAAACACUGCUCAAGUUAGCUUUGCUGGCUACACAUACUUAUCAAAAACUAUCCGUAUACAAGAGUGUACUUUUGCCUCUUUCAAGACGGUCAUACAGUAAUUUUUGUUACAAAGAAGCGAAAAGUUCCUUUAGCAUGGAAGGCCUUGCCCCCGCAGACAUGAACCGACUGGUGGAGGCCAUUAAACAAUCCGGGCCGGUUGACGUCUCCAAGCCGCUCAAGGUAUCGGGACUCAAAGGGAAAACCAUUCUGAUCACGGGAGGCGCUUCCGGCAUUGGGGCCUCGCUUGCGCGCGAGUGGGCGGCUCAUGGCGCCAACAUGAUCAUUGGCGACAUCAACUCAGCCGCAGGAGAGGCGUUGGUGGCCGAACUGCGCGGGUCGGCGUCGCAGGGCCAGUGCCAUCACUUCCAGCACUGCAACGUCUUGGAGUGGCAAAGCCAGGUCGAGCUCUUCAAAGCUGCGGCCAAAGCAAGUCCGACUGGCGGCAUCGACGCCGUGGUACCCAAUGCGGGAAUAGUCGACCCCAACAAUCCCAUCAGGGGCAAGCCGGGUUUUGAGAAUCCCGUCGGGCUGGACGGUGACAGACCACCGCCGCCAAACCUAAGAGUGAUGGACAUCAACUGCAUGGCUGUUUUUCAUACUGUCCAUCUGGCGCUCUUCUGGCUGGCGCGAAACAAACCUGGGUGCGAUAGACACAUUUUGCUUGUCGGGUCUAUAGCAUCCUUCUGUCCCGUCGUGGGAGAGUCUCAAUAUACGGCAUCGAAACACGCAGUCAUGGGUUUGUUCCGAUCGUUGCGAGCUACGUCGUGGCGGCAGGGCGUACGGGUCAACAUCCUGUGCCCCUAUUUCAUCGACUCAGGCCUCAUGUCCCCCGUGGCGUUGUCCAUGAUGGCGGGCGGACGCAUGGCGAAGAUGGCUGACGUGGUGCACGCCGCGACGCGGCUCAUGGCGGACGACCAGAUCGUCGGCCGGGGCUUGGUGGUCGGGCCCCGAAUUAAGGUUAGGGACGGGGAAGACGGGGAGCCGGUCGUCGAGUUGAAGGAACCAGACGGUGAACCUGCCGUGUGGGACCCGUACGCGCACGAUUAUGAGACCGUGGAGUCGUUCACUCGCAAGUACACGCGGAUUUUGAACACGAUCGAGUACCUCAGAGGAUGGGCUGGAUGGGCGAGCGAUAUGGUUUACAUAUUUCUUGUGCGCAAGGGGCCGGAGAAGCCACAGCCCACCAAGAGAUCAUGAGAAAGCUGGUGGCAUCUGCCCUGGGGAAGUUUGUCCGGGGGUUCUCAUGUGAUAAAAGUGCGAUGAUUUUUUUGCCGUGAAUCUGUGGCGGGUUCAGCCCUCGCGUGCAUCUGUGAUAAGCCACGAACCAGACUGUGUAUGGGGAAAAAAGGUUUUUUUUUUUUGUCAAACUCGCCAAGCCUUGAGGAUUUCAACAUUCUCUUAUCUCCCUACCACUCCUUCGGGAAAUCAGGGCUGGGGUCCAGGAUCUCUUAUUUCUUAUGCUAUCUUUUUUCUUCUCUUCUUGACCCCUCGCUGGGUUAGCUCAGACAAGCACAAAUUGACGGGUUCCGACGAAGAUCAUCCCGCACAGACAGUGCCAUCUCCUUUUCUUUUCUUAGGUAUUCCCCAGGAGGCGCCCAUCAACCCAACAUCCUGAGACAAGCUGUGACCCACCAGAUCGACAAGUUCGGAGUCGGUGUGUCGGUGGCUUGCAUACGAUGCCGGUUCGUCAAGAAUAUAAAUACCGUAAAUCAGACAUGUGUUGCAGCAGCAUAAGAGUAUGAAAUGCCUUUUUGCAGACGCGUAGCAACUAAUGAGAGCGGGACCGUUUGUUGUUUGAGUCUUUACCAUAGGAUUUUUAGUCGUACCGUAGUGACAGAGGGAAAAUGGAUGCGAUUAGAUGCCCCACCGGGAAUGAGCCAGCAACACGGACGUGGCAUCCAGGAUUCUACCCAUGGUACGUGGUAGGGGCACUGCUUUGGGCGAGGCAUGCU